UGAACAGUAGAAGCCGAAGAAGAAGAAGCAGCCGCCGCUGUCCAUGCGACGCUGGGGAAGUGAGCCGAGGGCCGCGGCCGGCGGCCGGCGCCGACGCCCGGGAGGAAUAAAGGAAGAAGAAUGCGAAUCUUUCCUCAGAACUGGAUAUGGAAAUAUCAGGAGAUGAAUCUAUGGAAAACAUGAGGAAAAAGUGAAACUACACAAGCAAAGCAUAGAUAAGAUGAUACCUUUGGAGAGGGCAGUACCAUGGUACGUUUGGCAGUGAAAAUGGGUUGUGCAUCUGUUUCAAAUACUUUCAUAUGAGAAGACACAAAUUUUAAAAAGUUUCAGCAUUACUUCAAGCAGUAUGGCGGGUUUCAAGCGAGGGUAUGAUGGAAAAAUUGCUGGACUGUAUGAUUUGGAUAAAACCUUGGGGAGAGGGCAUUUUGCUGUGGUCAAACUUGCCAGACAUGUUUUUACUGGUGAAAAAGUAGCAGUGAAAGUAAUUGACAAGACCAAGCUAGAUACUCUAGCAACAGGACAUCUAUUCCAAGAAGUUAGAUGCAUGAAACUGGUGCAGCAUCCUAAUAUUGUUCGCCUGUAUGAAGUUAUUGACACCCAGACCAAACUUUACCUAAUCUUGGAACUUGGUGAUGGAGGAGAUAUGUUUGAUUACAUCAUGAAACACGAAGAAGGGCUUAACGAAGAUCUGGCAAAGAAGUACUUUGCUCAGAUUGUUCAUGCUAUAUCCUACUGCCAUAAACUGCAUGUAGUUCACAGAGACUUAAAACCGGAGAAUGUUGUCUUCUUUGAAAAACAAGGACUUGUGAAAUUGACUGAUUUUGGCUUCAGCAACAAAUUUCAGCCUGGGAAAAAACUCACAACAAGUUGUGGUUCUCUUGCAUAUUCUGCUCCAGAAAUUCUACUUGGUGACGAGUAUGAUGCACCUGCAGUAGAUAUAUGGAGCCUGGGAGUUAUCCUUUAUAUGUUGGUAUGUGGGCAGCCACCAUUCCAAGAAGCAAAUGACAGCGAAACUUUGACAAUGAUCAUGGACUGUAAAUACACGGUGCCAUCACGUGUGUCCAAAGAAUGUAAAGAUUUAAUCACAAUAAUGUUACAAAGAGACCCAAAACGAAGAGCAUCUUUGGAAGAAAUUGAAAACCAUCCCUGGCUACAAGGAGUUGAUCCAUCGCCUGCAACAAAAUAUAAUAUUCCUUUGGUUUCAUACAAAAAUCUGUCCGAGGAAGAGCACAACAGCAUCAUACAGCGAAUGGUUCUGGGAGACAUCGCAGACAGAGAUACCAUAGUAGAGGCUCUGGAAACCAACAAAUACAAUCACAUCACUGCUACCUACUUCUUACUAGCAGAGCGGAUUCUAAGAGAGAAGCAGGAGAAAGAAAUACAAACCAGAUCAGCAAGCCCAAGCAAUAUCAAAGCUCAGUUUAGGCAGUCAUGGCCAACAAAAAUCGAUGUCCCUCAAGACUUGGAAGAUGACCUUACAGCUUCUCCUCUCUCCCAUGGAGGCGUUCCUCAGCCUCCAGCUCGCAGUGCUGAAAAUGUUCUUAAUGGUCACCGGAGCAAGGCACUUAAUGAUUCAUCAAAGAAGGAGGACAUUCCUGAAUUAGCAGGACCAGCACUUUCCAUCGUUCCUUCGGUGAGCUUAAAACCUACAACUAGCGGUCGAAAGUGCUUGUUUAGGGUGGAAGAAGACGAGGAGGAGGACGAAGAAGAUAAAAAACCAGUCUCCCUUUCAACCCAAGUGGUUCUGCGCCGCAAGCCUUCUGUUACAAAUCGUCUUACUUCCCGGAAAAGCGCCCCGGUCCUGAAUCAGAUCUUUGAGGAAGGGGAGUCGGAUGACGAGUUUGACAUGGAUGAGAACUUGCCCCCCAAACUUAGCCGUCUAAAAAUGAACAUUGCUUCGCCAAGCACCGUGCACAAGCGCUACCACCGAAGGAAAAGCCAGGGUCGGGGAUCGAGCUGCAGCAGCUCAGAAACAAGCGACGACGACUCCGAAAGCAGGCGACGUCUUGAUAAAGACAGUGGGUUUACUUACUCCUGGCACAGACGGGAUAGUAGCGAAGGACCUCCUGGCAACCAGGGAGAUGGCAGCGGACAAGGAAAACCAAGCAAUGGAAACGGAGGAGUAGACAAAACGAGCCCUGGUGACAACAACAAAGGGGGUGGAAGUCCUUCCAGUAGUUCUAGCGGAAGCACGAAUAACAAUUCGGGUUCCACUCGCAGGUGCGCUGGAUCUGGAAAUUCAAUGCAGUUGUCUUCAAGAAGCGCGGGCGACCUGGUGGAAAGCCUCAAAUUAAUGAGCCUCUGCUUAGGUUCACAGAUUCACAGUAGCACUAAAUACAUUAUUGAUCCACAAAACACCAUCUCCUUUUCCAGCGUCAAGGUACAGGAGAAAUCCACAUGGAAGAUGUGCAUAAGUUCCUCCGGGAAUGUAAAUCCAGCUUCAUCCUUGGGCAGUAUAAAAUUCUUUUCUGAUCAGAUGUCAGACACUGCAAAUGAAUUAGAACGGAUAAAGAGCAAGAACUUGAAAAAUAACGUGCUCCAACUACCUCUGUGUGAAAAGACUAUAUCUGUGAAUAUUCAGCGAAACCCGAAGGAGGGAUUGCUGUGUACCGCUGGUCAAGCUACUUGCUGUCACGUUGUUUGACAAUAAUCAGACUUCACUCAUUCUACUUGACAUCACCAAUCUUCCUUUUCUGUGCUGUGAAUACUUUAUUUCAUUGAAACCCUUCAUUGUCAUUGUCUUAAUAUUUUUAAAUGAGCUUUGAGCAGUAAUUUAUUACAUUUUAAUUUAGUUUGCUUGAAAUGACAAUGCAUGAUUUUGUGCAUGCUGCUAGCCAAUAUUUUUUUUUGUUCCCAACGAAAACAGGAUUUGUGUACUUUUUUACAUUUAUAAUUUUACUAUAGAAAAUCUGGAUUACAGUAAGGCUUGUGUCCGAAUCCAGUGUAAAUGAAGCACUUAGUAGUUUCACAUUCUGCACUUAAAUUAGAGAGAGAGAACGCCUUUGUUUCUUUGUGAAAUGUCCAAUCUUGUUCUGAUCUUCUGUGUUUCCUAAACUAUGUGAGAUGUGGCAUAAUUCUGUGUGUUUGCAACAGAACUAAAGCAAUAAUGUUUUGAUGCUGAAAACUUCUGUGAGCUUUCAGAUUUCCAAGGCUUGUACAAAGCAAGGAUGCACUGAGAAUUUAAGAGAUCUUGAACUAUAAUUUUUAUCCCCACAUCUCUUUUGUCUUAAACUAUAAUAUGCAUGGGGUGGUGGCUGAAGAUCUUGGUUUGUUAUAGACAAGAUGGGGAAGAAAAUAGUUAAGGCAGCUUCCCCCAAGAAAAAUUGUACAUGCAGACAAUCUUUUAAAAACUGUAUUACAAAGGAAAAUUAUAAAGUCAUUGCUUGGAAUAUUUAAAAAAAAUCUAAGGGAAAACACAUCUGUUAAUAGAGUCUAUUAUAAUGGCAGUUGUUGGGUACAGUGCAAGACAUUUAAAUUGGACCAAUUUGUGUGACUUUUGUGAGGUCUUUUCCAGUAAGCUAGUUCCUGUAAAUUAACUAGCCAUAAGCAUAGUAAAAGGCUUAACAAAGUUUCCUCCUCCUGUCUUUCACCCUGCCCCACAGCAUUUUGAAGCCUGCUCUCAAUACUGAUUACCUGAAGGAUGUAACCGAGCUCCUCAAUUCCACAUUUCCAUUAUUUCCAUGUAAACAAAUGAACAAGCCAAUCGAGAUGGGUGUCUGUGUAGUGUGGGAUAUAUCAAAAGUGCUCCAAAAUGCAGCACUGUAUCCAGUCAUCUAAACCAGUUGUUUAAGUGAAUUUAGGGAGAGCAGAAAACAGUUGCUAGAAUUUGAAUAGGUCUGUUCUGAUCAGAAAGGAUCUUAAUGGGAGUGCAUUAACAUUGUGCAUCCUAAAUACACUCCACAGAUCUCAAAACGUGCCAUGUACUGCAAAUUUCAAGAAAUUUUCCCGCAAUAUAAAAUUUAGUUUGGGGUAUAACAUCAUCUUGUUUAUUUCCCUUCCAUAACUCUCUCUCCAAAUCGAGUCAGACAACACAAAUUGCAUGGAUCAAUUUCCUUUUACAUUCUGCACAGCUCUUAGCUUUUCUUUUUUU